AUGACUGGUGUCGUCUAUGACAAUAACUUCAUCGCACACAAAUGUUUAUGGGACGAAAACUACUCAGAGAAUCCACAGCGAUAUACAUCUGUACUAGACCGAUGUAAUUCAUUGGGAUUGAUCGAUCGGUGCAUUAAAAUAUCAUCACGACAAGCCACCAAAGAAGAAUUACUGUCUAAACAUACGGUUGAACAUAUUGAUUUAUUAGAAAGUACAGAGCACUACAAUGAUGAAAAAUUGGAAAAAUUGUCCUCAAGAUAUGACUCAGUAUAUGUGCAUAAUUCGACCUACAGACAAUCCCUCCUUGCAGCAGGUAGUUCAAUUGAAUUAGUCAAAGCAGUUGUGGAUGGCCGUAUACAAAAUGGAAUGGCCUUUGUUCGACCUCCUGGACACCAUGCCAUGGAAUCUGAAUACAGUGGUUAUUGUUUUAUCAACAACGUUGCAAUAGCUACUCAAUAUUUAUUAGAUAAAACAGCUAUUCAAAAAAUUCUUAUUGUCGACUGGGAUAUUCACCAUGGUCAGGCUACUCAACAAAUGUUUUAUGAAGACCCAAGAGUGUUAUAUUUUUCUAUUCAUCGUUAUGAACAUGGACAAUUUUGGCCAAAUUUAAGAGAAAGUGAUUUUGAUCAUGUAGGCAAUGGUAGUGGUACUGGUUUCAAUGUGAAUGUUCCACUAAAUGACACUGGAAUGAAAAAUGAAGAUUAUAUGGCUAUAAUACAUUACUUAUUAAUUCCUUUAGCAACUGAGUUUUCUCCAGAUCUCAUAAUUGUUUCAAGUGGAUAUGAUUCAGCUAUCGGAGAUCCCAAAGGUGAAAUGUUGGUUACUCCAGCGUGUUAUGCUCACAUUACACAAAAACUAAUGAGUCUUAGCUGUGGUAGAGUAGUUGCCAUACUUGAGGGAGGGUACUACUUGAAGAGUUUGGCUGAAAGUGCAGCAUUGACAUUAAGAGCAUUAUUGGGAGAUCCAUGUCCAGUCAUUGGGUCAUUAGAACAACCAUGUAAAAGUGUAAUGGAAACCAUUAGUAAUGUGAUUUAUGCUCAUAGACAUUAUUGGGAUUGCUUCAAGUAUAAUAUUUUUUACAAAGAAAAUCUUCCAAAAAUCCAUUACAAUUUCUUUGACGAAAAGCCAGUAAUAUAUCAGACAAGAAAUAUGUAUCCAAAAAUUGAUACUACAGAUUUUGAUAUUAUAUUAAACAAUAUUAUUACAGAGACCAAACUAUUCAAUCCAAAAAUUAGAGUUGGAUUAAUAUCCAAAGUGAUUGAUCAUUCAAACAGCAAUUUUAAAAAUAGCGAUAUCUAUCAAUAUUUAAAAUCAAAAAUUGGAAAUUUACAUGUCUUAAAGGAACGCCAAUUGACAGUUGAAGAAUUUAAUAUAGUUGAUUCAUUCGAGUACGUCAAAGAAAUAUUGAACAAACAGAAAUAUAUUGACGAAGAAAAGUGUGCUAUCAAAAUAAUGAAAAAAGAAUUCAUUGAAGAUAAUCCUGUGUUUAAUACAUUUUCUUUUUCUCUUGGACCACUAUUGCAGAUUAUUGAUUCAAUAUUUGAAAAUGAAAUUAAAUCUGGGAUUUUUGUAUCAUCAAUUUCAAACUUAAGUAAAAAUGAUGUCUCAUGUACUUUAAAUGCUUCCAUAAUUGGUGCAAACUAUGCCAUAAAAAAAUAUUACUUGAAAAGAAUAUUAAUCAUUGAACUGAAUGAAAAUGUUACACAAAUAUACUCUAAUGACCAAAUAUUAGUUAUUUCAAUGCACAGCUUAUCAAAUAGCCUAAAAGCUAUAAAUGGAAACAAUCACAUCAAUAUUUCAUUGUCAAAAGUAAAAAUAUUGAAUGAAGCAGAAUUUACAACAAUGGUGCAACAUCUGAUUUUACCAAUUGCUUAUGAAUAUAAUCCUGAAUUGAUAAUUGUGUCCUCAAAAUUCUACUCUAAUAUUAAUAAUAACAUAAACGGUAUACAAAUGACUCCUAUCAUGUGUGGUUAUCUUAUUCAAUGGUUAAGUACUUUGGCUAAUGGAAGACUCAUAUUAUAUGAACAAGAAGCACACAAUAAUUCAAUACAUAGAAACAAAUGUUUAUUACAGUGUUCUAAAGCUUUACUUGGUGAACCAAUAUCACAAUUAUGCGUGGCAAAUUUGUUAAAUUUUGAAUUCAAAGAUAUUCUACUUAACAAUAUAAAAAAUCACAGAAAUAAUUGGAAAUCUUUGCAAUUUUAA